ACCACGUGACACGUCUACCAUAUUGGAUUCACGCAACAUGGCUUCUGACCAAGUAGAAUCGAGAGAGAGUAACCCUGAUAUGCAGGUGGCGUUGGCUGGAGAAGAGGAAGAGGAAGAGGCCACCUGUGUCGACCCAGAACUUCUUGUAAAACAUCCCUUGCAGAAUAAGUGGGCGCUGUGGUUUUAUAAGCAUGACAAAAAUAAAGACUGGGUAGCUAAUCUCAAACUCAUAACGGCAUUUGACACAGUAGAGGAUUUUUGGGCGUUAUAUAAUUAUGUUCAACCAGCUAGUAAACUCCCAUCGGGUUGUGAUUAUUCAAUGUUUAAGGAUGGAGUUGAACCGAAGUGGGAGGAUGACUUCAACAAAGCUGGUGGCCGUUGGUUAAUCAAUUUGGAUAAAAAACAAAGACAUACUGAUCUAGACAACUUUUGGUUGGAAACGUUAUUAUGUUUGAUUGGGGAAGCAUUUGAAGAAGCCAGUGAUGAAAUAUGUGGUGCUGUUGUAAAUAUCAGAAAUAAAGGAGACAAAUUAGGCUUAUGGACGCGCACUCAUACGAAAGGAGAGGCCACUAUUAAAAUUGGGAGGAAACUAAAAGAAAGAUUAAAUGUUCCACAUAGGCUUCAGAUAGGAUACCAGGUUCACAAUGAUACGAUGUCUAAAGCUGGAUCCACCACGAAGACGCGGUACCAAGUAUAACAGUGACUAUUAAUAGAGACAAUGGGACUGGGGGUGAUUAUUCACAUCUUUGGCUUGUACAGUCACAGAUAUGGUCUACAAGACCGCAUAGUGAAAUCUUGUCUAGAUUUGCCUGGAUGUCGUAUAUUGGGACAUUACCCUUGUUCCAUAUGGAAUGGACCUCCUGAACAAUUACCAUUUAAACUAAUAGGUCCAGGAGGAUUGAGAUGACACAGCUAAGGGUCUCUUCGACUAUUCAUCAUGUCUAUGGGGCCCUGUUCAAUAUUUGUGAAAAUCAGUCAUUUGUUUCAUCAGUACUUGUCAGUGUCAUUUAUACUCUAGGUCUUGUCAAUACUACAAGAUAGUGAAGACGUAUUUUUUCAGCUUGUAAAGUGGUUGAUGUUAUUUGCUUAUAAAUUGUGUGGGGUGAAUGAUUUCAAAAUAUUUGUGAGAACAUCCAUUCAUCCAAAAUAUAAGCAAAUUUUUUUCUGAAGUUAUUGCAUGAAUUGAUAUUUACACACCUGAGGAGUGAUUUUGUUUAAUUAAUGUUUAAAAAUGAGUUAAUUAUGAUACAUGUAGGAUUGUCACAUAGCCCUCCGUGUCUGAUUCUAGGCAAGGUGUCUAAUUCAAAUUUGAUAAGUCGGAUUUGUGCAUCUGAUAAAUUGUAUCAAGUCAGUCAGCACAACUGAUGACUUUGGGAAGACUGAUGUUGUAUAUUUUCAAGGCAGUUCUGACAUGUUAGAAAUGUGUUACCAUGGUUUGAGAAGGAUUUGCAUCGUUAGAAUACAUACCUAGCACUUGCAUCACUGUUGGGCGCUUAGUGUGGAAAAUAUUAUUGUGAUCAUAACACAAGCAGAGGAAUUUUUAGGGCUAUUGUACUAUAGUUUAGGAUCCUAAUUUCCUGGGGAAAUAGCUUGAGUCUGUUUUGAUGGUUCAUGUUAGAGGGUUUAAAGCUCUUGAAAGUUGAAGUGUUAAAAUGUUCAUCUUGUGGUUUGUAUCAAGCUUCUGUUGAUUUAUUUAGCCGUAAAUAUGUGUCAUGGCUAUUGAGUCAAAAUUAUGGCGAUUUUCCCCCUUUUCUUGAUGUAACUCAUCACAAAGUCAAGAAAAUUUACUUGAUCUUGACAUUGUUUUGGGUCUUUACGAUCCUUUUGUUUAUACUUGGCCUCCUUUGUAUUACAUUGGCUUUAAAUAAAGUUGGCCAAAAUGCAGUUGAUGGCAUUCUCUGAAUAUAUUUUGGUGACAGAAGGCAUGACCUGCUGCCAACUUCACAUUAUUGAACCAUUUUAACCAGCAAAAGCCAUUGUUAUUUAAACAGUUAUACCAUUUGUUUCAUCUCUGCUGGAAUUUCCUCUUGUUUACGUGCUGUAGUGAGUCCAUCAAGUGUGACUACUUGAAUUCUAGUAUCAUUUAUUACUUGCUUCAUGCUUAGUGAGGUUUUUUGUAAUGUGUCUAUUUGCUUAAGCGGUAAUUGUAUGUGUGGUUCUCUUUGGAAACACUGACAGACCUCCCAAUUAUUCUAAGGUAGCUGGUUGGUGAAACAGGGUUGGCUUCGCCGCCUGCAUUGUGUCCUAGGGCUAUAAUACAGGACAUUGCUGGCUCUUUUGAAAAAUGAUUGGGCUACAAUAUUCAUUUUUUAUUAUGAUAGAAACAGUAUCAUGUCUCUGAUUAUAUUUUAGAAGAGGUGUGUUGUACAAAAGGGUAUUAGCAUCCCAAUAUGAUUUUCAUCUUGGUAUCCUGAUUUUCACUAGGGUACAUGUAUGCAUCAAGAUUAUGCCGAAACUCGGGACAAAAUUGAUGUCAUGUUUCUGUCACAACAGUGCAAUGCCUGAUUGACAGUGAGUUCCACGUAGCGGCUGCCAUAUUUUACUGGUACCCUAUUAUAUGAUGCACUAUCGAAACUACUCUUACAUUUUAUCUUGAGAAGCUUGUGUGUUAUUGAUUUUGAAAGAUAUUCUUGUGUGAUUUUCUUUGGUACAUGUAUUCUACUGGUCUGGUUGUGGUACCAUAGGUUCCAUUAUUCCCAUCUUCAAAUAUUGUGUGAAAUAUUGUAUUUGGUAAUGAAAUUCACCAAGAUCUUUAGACUAGGGUUUCUUCGCUUCAGUUUCCAAGGCCUAAUGCCAUAUGGUUAGGUCUUACUGCAUAUUUGUAUAAUUGUGAAAAAGCACCAGUCAUUGUGACUUAGUGUUGUGGGUGAGUUACCAUGGUUACUAAUACAAAAUUUGUAUGUACAAGUGGUUAUCUACAUUAUAACAAGUUCAUCUUUUUGCAACAAUAAA